AUGAAACCUAAUAGCCUCGUGAUGGGAGCAAUUGCAGGGGUGAAUACCACAGACCCCCUCAAAAGCGCGGGACGCAACGGGCAAAUCUCGCGGGAAAUCCGACGUGGCGCCCCGCCACCUCAGCCUCCACGUCAUCCCUCCCGCCAAAAAGCCCUAGCAUAUACACUCUCCCCCGCGAUCUUCCUCCGCCACCACCACCACCACCACCACCAUCCUCCGCCCCAAUCUCCUCCUCUCUCGAUCGUCGGAGAAAAUGGAGUCUCCCGAUUCACCGCCCUCCUCCAUCGCCUUCAGAUCCAAGAAGCCCUUCUCCUCCGCCUCGAGAAAGGCCCGAUCUUGCGACGCCGGCGGCGGCGGCGGAGCCGGAGCCGACGGCAUCUUGAGCUCCAAGACCCCGGAGAAGCCGUCCCGCCUCCCGGCCGAGUCCGGAACCGCGGCGUCGCGCUCUCGAUCAGGGACGUGAGGCGGGUCGCCGAGAGCCUCCGCGGGUCGUCCAAUCGGGACCCGCCGGCGGGCCGCGAGGCCGGGUCGUCGGCGCGCAAGCAGAUCUUCGCCGACGAGGGCCCUGCUCGGAAGCCGAAGAGAGCUGCUGCUGGGUCGACUAAGUUGCCGGAGAAGUACGAGGUGUUGGGGCAGUUCUUCGAUGGCUUGGAUAGUGCGGUCAGGCUGUUGAAAUUGAAGGGAUCGCUGUCGACGUUCACGAAUGUCUGCCCCAAAAUCGAGUGCCUGACAGACAGGAGGUUCACUCAUAAACACCUGUCUCAGUUGAAGUAUAUCUUACCUGAGGCAAUUGAGAUAAAGAAGGUGCUCACGUUCGAUGAGCAAACCAGUUGCAUGAAGCCGAAUCUCUGCAUAAGUCUGAAUGCUGACGCAAUUCAAAAAGAUGGGGAGACGAGCUUGGACAAUAGCAAGAUCAAUUUACGAAAGCUCUUCCGUGCUCGGCUCUCGGAAUUUGUUAGCGCCCAUCCUGAGGGAGAUGAAGUUCCAGAGGAACCACUUCCAGAACCUUUCAAUCGCUCACAAGAUAGAAUCUCAAAUGAGAUAUUGCGGUCCAAUGCCUCUUUGCCUGUGGAAGCAUCAACAGAAGAUCCUGUAGGAUUGCAACCAGCGGUAGCGUCUCAUCUGUCUGGAUCGUUUCGGAGACGGUUCUCCCAGAAGGUUGAGAGCAAUACAUCGGGAAACACUAUUCAGACAGUGUCUGAAGUUUCACUUGGGCCUGCUUCUCUUUCAGUUCCAGAGUCGCACCAGGAUGAGAUUUCUAAUGAUGAGGAAGCAGGUUCUUCUGAACCACAUGAAGACAAGUUGGCUUCACAGAUGAGCAGCAAAGAACAUUUAGCUGACUCUGCAGCUCCAGUGGUUUGUCCACCUUCAAAUAAUAUUGCCACUCCAAGAAAAGCAAUUGAUCUGUUGAAGACUGCUGAUUCUCCUCAGAAAAUCUCAAGUUUGGAAUCAACUCCUACAAAACUUGCUUCGACUCCUGCAAAACUUGCUUCAACUCCAGCUAGGCUAAUGGCUGCGACACCUCAAUUGCAGCCACCAAAGAGGAGUUUCAUGAGCCCUGAAGAUGAUUGUGCCAGUUCACCUCAUAAGUUAAUUAGGCGUCCACCUCGUACCCGUUCACUGAAAUUUGAUACUCCUGUUAAGGACACAUUGGUGGAGGAUGAAGCAAGGAAAAACGACUCAGUUUCAUCUGAUGAUGAUAUAUUCGAUAUUCUUCCCCAGGAUCUUCUCCAAAAGAUAAGAGAUAGAGAGAAGAAAGCUAUGGAGGAUAAAGAUCCAGCCAUCUCACGAGCAAAGAGAAGGCGAGAAAUUCUCACUGCUCUGCCUCAACUAUUCAACAUGAUGCAUUUCUUGUUCAAGUCUACCAAGCGCUCCGUGAUGACAAGAGAGGAGCUUAUUUAUCAGAUUAUUAAAAGCCGCUUCGAUAUGAUCGACAGACGAGAAGUUGAAGAGCAACUUGAUUUGAUGAAAGAGCUGGUCCCCGAGUGGAUCUCCGAGAAAGCGGCUUCCACCGGGGAUCGCCUUUUCAGCAUCAACAAAAUGUCAGAUCCCGAUUCUAUACGGCAACAGCUUGCUGAAGCAAAGUGACAGCGUUUGUGCUAAGAUCUUCUGGGAACUAGGAUCAAAUUAGCACCGAGAAUGCAGAAGAACUCUUCUUCUGCCAAUUGUAAAUGUUCAAUCUUCUUUUUCCCUUUUUGUAUGCUAGUUGCAUAUUUAGAUGUGGAGGCUGUUACUAGGGACGAGUUGCUGCAGCACCUAAUUUAUAACAUUGAAAUUAGUGAUCAAUCAUAUGAACCUGCAUUCUUCUAGCUGGUAAAUAUUCCGGGCAAUCUGUGUAACAGAAAUUUAGGGUGGAUGCUAAAUGCUAGCAUUUUUAGAUGUGAUCGAACUUUUGUGCCAUUUUUGUGGUGGCAUUGUACAAUUGAGAAUGCAAUCCUGACAGAACAAUGAUUUUGCAGAAGGAGA